GCUCUUCUCUUGUUUAAGAAUGAAACCAGAAUCGAAAAGAAAGAGUGACGAAGCCCACACUUAUAGCCAUGAAAAACCUUCAUGCUUUGAUAGUUUUGCUGAAAUGUCAAACGCUCUGUUAAAUUCUGAUAUCACCAUAAGAAACCAAAGUUCUCCCAAUAUUCUUGGUUCUGCAACUAAUCAAGAUCCUAAUUCAAUUCAAUCUCUCUCAAAAGAUUGCUACGACUUUAAUAAUUUAUGGAAGACAUUGAAUUACAUAGAGAAGAAGAAUGCAAAACGCAUAAUCGUCGUUAAGAGGGUUGAUAAGAAAAAAGAAAAGAAAAUGAAGAGGAAGAAGGAGAAGGAGAAAUUUCAAAUAAUAAAAUUCUUGACAAUGAACCCAAAGAAGCCGUUUGAAAGCAUUGUAAGAGUAAAAGGUGGAAACAGAAAGGAGCAAAAUUCAGAGAAAAACUCAGAUAAUCAAUUUGGCUUGGAAGAGUUUAUUGAUGCUGUAAAUCAUGGAGGCUUUCAUCUUAGAACAAGGAUUCAUCUUAAGAAUAAGAAUACCCAACAGAAGGAACAAAACACAAAUAAAUUUGGUUAGUUUCUAUCAUCUUAGAAGAAGAGAUUUUUCUUCUAAUUUAAACAGUGACUGUAUGUCCGUCAAGAUUUAUAUUUCUCUUACUUUUAGUGUAGAUAAGAACUUCUA